UGAAGGCCACGGAGGAAUGGAUCGGAGAACUGAAGUCUAGGAAGAAUUGGCCAAAGCUGCUGGUUGUAACGACGGUGAGGAUGGUGAUGAAAGUGUCCAAUAUACAGUGCAUUUUCAAACUUUAUUUCAAUAAAGUGCUAGGCUGCGAAAGGGCCUCUGUCAUGUGUUAUCUGUACUCCAAUUUUUGUGCACGCCUAAUGCUCUGUAAACCACCAGUCUCUGGUUCUGCCUUGGAGGCGUAUGAAGCUAUAAUGACUAGGCACUAAUUGCUCGUUCCUUUUUUAAAACAGCCUGCUUUUGAACUGGUUAAUGUAAUUGUGGUUUCUCGCUCGCUCGGCAUAUGAAAUACAUUUCAGAUUGUGCAGACUGAUUAUAUGUUGCUAAGUGCAGGACAUAUGAGAAUUUUUUUGUGGGUGAAAUGGUGCCUUUUGGACCUAUAGCGCUGAGUCCAUCCUCUGGAGUCCUAAAUUAUGGAGAGAUUAGUAGAAUGACUAUUAAUCAUGGUACAACACUGUCCUCGAUGUGGUUAUGAUCUUCUAAUGUAAUGGCACUAACUUCUUAUCAGGAAAACAUCGAAAACAAUUUGGAAACAAUUUAUUUGGACAGGGAGAACCUGGGUGGGUUUUCGGAUUGUGCAAACUGAUUAUAUGUUGCUAAGUGCAGGGCAUUUGGGAAUUUUUCUGAGGGUGAAAUGGUGCCUUUUGGACCCUAAAUUAUGGAGAGAUUAGUAGGAUGUACGGACACUUUGUUUCAAUUAUGUGGUAAAUCAGAUUAGCUGAAAUAGAGUACUUUUAAAGGCAUAAAUACUCCUAUUUCUGUACUUGAGAUCACAUUUAUCCUAAUAUAGGUUGCCAUUCAUGAUAUUUCUAGGUUGCACAUAUGUUCCAAGCGCUAGGACUGAAAGGAUGCCACUUGCUAUUUUGCUGAAUUAUAACCUAUGCUUAAUCUAGAUGAUUCUUCAUUAAGUGAACAGGUAGCUGACCCACAUUCUUGCUGAAUUAUAACCUAUGCUUAAUCUUGGAUCCAAUCAACAAACAAAUAAGUGCCACAAGCAAACCCACCCUGAGAAUAACAGCAGUGCUUUUCUUUGGUUCCACAUUCUUGGUUUCCAAUGCAUGUUUCUCUUCUUUUGAUAUACCGUUUUCUUUUACCGACGCACCUCUAUCUUUAUAUGUGUCCAAAGUUCCAAAAUGAAAUGAUUUAGUGCUUGCACUGAAAAAGGAACAUUCUGUAUGCUAAUUCUCUGAAAUGUGUAUGGCUGAAAUCGAUAUAUUUGCAACAUACGAAUGACCUUUUUUAACAAUUUGAUGGAGCAGAAUGGAGGAUAAUCUACCAGUUAAUGUCCAGGAAUAUCAAGAACUUGCUAAGAAAUUAAUUCUAAAAAAGUCAUUACACGAUAAGAAAAAUAAUGUGCAAGCUACUGAAUUUACAAUCAAGCAAGGGUGGUUGCAUACUGGUGAUAUUGGAUACUUUGAUGAGGGAGGUCAGCUUUUCGUAGUUGAUAGACUUAAAGAACUUAUUAAGUACAAAGGUUUUCAGGUAAAGAUUCUCAUUUUUUCGCAAACAAAUGUUUAGUUUCUGCAAACUUUUAUUUAUAAUUAUGUGGGUGGUGAAAAUUAGUAAUCUGAACAGUGCUUACUGAAAGGAGAAUUUGUCCGGCCUCAUUUGGGUCCCUUCUGCAGCUAACGUUUGCAGUUCUACUAAGCAUUUAUAUUUAUACAAAAUAUUAUUCAGUAGAUUGAUAUUCUUUGCUUACUAUUCGAUCUAACUAUCAUAAAAUGGAUUAUCCUUCACAUAUGUUAUUUUACCUUUUGAAUCUUAUAUAAUUUGUUUUUAGUCGAAUUUCAUAUUUUUCUUCGGCAUAUUGCACCCGCCGAGCUUGAAGGGCUACUUCUGUCUCAUCCAGAAAUUAUUUGAACUAUAUGUUUUGUAGUGUGUCCAUGUGACGACAAGUCUUGAACUAGAUUCAUUGUUUUCGCUAGCCUGGCUAACUAACAAGUACAAGUCAGCAAUGCCAUCAAUUGGUUUAAAUAUAUAGCAGUCAUGAAACUCCCAGAGUCUCAAUCUUGUAUGGAGUUUCGAUUAAAGACUUGCAUCAGUUGACUCAUAAUUGGUUGGGUAUAGCUGCUUUAGUUCUACACCCUGUUUGGAAAAUUUUGAUGGCUUUCUUGCCCUCAAUUAAGAAAUUUAGUAGAUUGGGAAAUAUGAUAUUUUCUUUAGCAAUUUGAGAAAAUUCGAUUAGCUUAUUUGGAUUUGUAAAUAUUACCAUUUCCCCUGCAGAUCAGUGUUUUUUGAAACUAGAAUCAGAAUUAUCAAUUUGGGUCAAUGUGAACAGAAUAGUGUGUGUAGUACUAUUUGUCCAUAUCGUCGUCCUCGUCGGCGACACGGGAUGAAGUUCUCACAGAGUGGCUGGAGUCGAGGGUCGAGGAGUGGGAGGGAGGGUACUGGGCCCUAAAGGAGAAGUAUCGAACCGGGCUGAACCCGUAGGAGAAGGUGAAGCCAGAGAAGGAGCCCAUGGGGCAGUUCGUGGAUGACGACAUCAGGGACCUGCCAAGAUCUCCAUGGAGGAGAUCGACGCCGCCAAGCUCACCAAGGACAACGUCGACGUCCGCCUCAAGUGGCUUGGCCUCUUCCACCGCUACAAGCACCAGUGUACACCCACUGAUUCUACACCCCCUGCAAUGGUUGUUGUUGCUGUUGGUAGGAGCGACCCCGCGAGCGUGACACGGACAAAGCAGCCUUCGGUGUCAGUGGACUUGUGCAUCGACAUAAUUUGCAGUCUCCAUAAGGAUGCUAAUGAUAGGUCCUCAACACAAGCCUUAUUGGACCAUCCAUUCUUGAGUGUGUAUGACCUGCAUGCAGGUAGGAUGGGAUCUCCCCUCGCCACCUUCAAGUAAUGACAAUGUACUUGUUCUUUUAAUCUUUUCUUUUUAUAUAUCCAUCAUUGUGCACAUAAGUGAUACAUUUUAUUUUACAGUUUCAGGUAACUCUAAUUUUUGUCCUCCUUAUUAAGCGAAGGGUGUGGUGACACAUUUCCCUUAUUGGGCAAGGGUUGGGUUGUGUAGUUGAAAG